UUUAUUCAAUUUGUUUGACUGAAUCUUGAUCAUUCGGAAAUCGAAUAUUGACGAGGAGUGAAGCGUUGUUUUUAAAAAUGGCGUGGUCUUUUUUGAAAUAUUUUGCCGUUGUUUUCUAUUUAAUAUCGAUUGCUAAUGCCCAGCGUACCCCAACAAUAUCACAUAUCACUCAAGAACAGAUAAGAGAUAUUGGUGGACAGGUAGACUUGGACUGCUCAGUCCAUUAUGGUCAAGAUUAUCCUGUACUGUGGGUUAAAUAUGACCGUCUGAAGACAACAGAGUCAUUACCCCUGUCUACCAGCUCUGGUCUCAUUAUCCGUGACUCCCGGUUCUCCUUGCGUUAUGAUGAUGCCUCCGCUACGUAUACCCUUUCUAUCAAAGAUAUCCAAGAGACAGAUGCUGGAUGGUACCAGUGUCAAGUAAUAAUCACGGUGAGCAGCAUAAUAUCAGCAGAAGUGGAGUUGCAAGUGAGACGGCCACCGAUCAUCUCUGACAACUCUACUAGAUCUAUUGUCACUAGUGAAGGAGAGAGUACACAAAUGGAAUGCUACUCUGAUGGUUUCCCGCCCCCGAAGAUCUCUUGGCGCCGGGAGAACAACGCCAUCCUGCCUACUGGUGGCUCCAUCUAUCGUGGCAACAUUCUGAAAAUCCCAAAGGUACACAAGGAAGACCGUGGAACGUACUACUGUGUGGCUGAAAAUGGAGUGGGCAAAGGGGCCAGGAGGAAUAUUAACUUGGAAGUCGAGUUCGCCCCAGUUGUGACCGUCCCCAGGCCCAGAUUGGGACAGGCUUUACAAUACGACAUGGACUUGGAGUGUCACGUUGAGGCCUAUCCUCCACCGGCUAUCACUUGGCUCAAGGAUGAAGUGCUUCUGUCCAACAACCAGCAUUAUAGAAUAUCUCACUUCGCGACCGCAGACGAAUUCACAGACACGACGCUAAGAGUAAUAACUAUUGAGAAGCGGCAAUAUGGGAUGUUCACUUGCAAAGCACAGAACAAGUUGGGAAGGGACGAGGGAAGAGUCGAGUUGUUUGAAACAAUUAUCCCGGUGUGUCCGCCGGCGUGUGGCCAAGCGCGCUACGGGGCUGCAACAUCGCUCGCGCCCUCCAUUGAAACGGUCGCUGUUAUGUUCACGGCCUAUGUUUUAUACGCCUUCCGAGUCGCCUAUACCAGACAUUAAUCACGCCGGAUUACGACUGGACCCGCAGAUCUACGGAAACGGGGUGACCAACAAACAACACAUAUCGUUGACACUUACACCGCUUCUUUACGUUUAUAGAAUUUACAUCCAAUAAAACAGUGUUGCUAGAUAAAAAACUAGAAAUAUAGGUUUCAAAAAUCGAAAUACAGAAAUUGCAAAAAGCAGACGAAAUUAAAUUUAAUAUCAAUUUUAGUUUAAAAAUAAGAAUACUGUAUAUUUUGCAAAGAAAAAAGUGUUGCCAGAACUAAAGUUUACAGAUUUUAACGAUAUUGCCAGUGAAUUGCAACAUCGGUAUUUUAAUUUAAUUUUUAAUACAAGCAACAAUAUGCCUUACGAUUCAACGACUUUUGAAAGACAAUAGGACUAAGAGUAGUUUUUGACAAUUUUAAUAUUCCAGUGAAAAUCAAAUUAAAUUUUUACACAAAUAUAUUUAAGGUUUUUAAACCAGCAAUAAUUUUUGGCAAAAGUCAAUUUCAAAUUAAAUGUACAAACGAGCUCAAAUCAAUUAAAUUCGUACAAAUUUUGAGAAUCUCAAUUUAUUAUACAAAAUUAUUUACAUUUUUUUAAUGAAUUAAAUUUUCAUAGUGAGUAACUUAGUAUGUAAUUUUAUAUUUUUGUAAAUUUAACAUGUAUUUUAACUUUUAAUUUACAUUUUUGACCUCAAGACUAUACGCUUGACGUAAAAUCCAAUUUAAUGACAACUUAUUUGACAUUUUACACUCAAUUUUAUUUAUGAUUUAUUAUUAUGAAAUCGCGACGAAUAAUAUUUUAUAUUAAUAGGAUUUUGCUGUUAAUGCAAAAUUUCAGCGCUAAGUUUGACUUCCGUAGGUCUUAACUAUGAACUUUAAUCUCUAGAAAUGGAACCAAAACCGAC